CAGCCAAGGUCACGCAGCUGGUGAUGGAGUUUCACAGCAUCCAAGCACAGGAAAAAGGAUGGGAAGGCUCCACACCGAACGCUGAGUGGUGUGAUGGGUGCUUUGUGUUUUUCUGGAUUUUCUGAUGUAGCAGCACUAAACCUAAAUCCUGGUUUCCUACUGAUAAGGUCACAACGAAAGAAAAGCCCCGCCCCGGAGUGGAAGUUGCGCAUGCCCCAUUGCCCCCCGCCCCGCCCGCUCCAGGAACUCCGCGCGCUGGGACAUUCGGCCCGGCUGGCCAGUUCCCGGCCGACGUCAGGGCGCAGGGUCGAAAGUCGAGUGGAGAGGGGCGCGGAGCUCUCGGGGGCAGGAGGGUGGCAGUUGGGGCCGUUGAGGAGGCGGCGGCGGCGGCGGUGGCGGCGGCUCCGCGCACAGGGUCUCCAGAUGGAAGCGGCGCCGGGGCCCGGACCCGGGCUCUGCUGCAAGCCUGGCGGGCGGCUGGACAUGAGCCACGGCUUCGUGCACCACAUCCGACGGAACCAGCUCGCCCGGGACGACUACGACAAGAAGGUGAAGCAGGCGGCCAAGGAGAAAGCGAGGAGGCGGCACACGCCCGCGCCCACUCGGCCCCGAAAGCCCGACCUGCAGGUGUACCUGCCGCGACAUCGAGAUGGCUCUACCCACCCAAGCAACCCAGGCUGUGAGGAGUCUGGUGAAAGCAGCAGUAGUGGCAGCUCUGAGCCAGAGCUCCCUGGCCAUCAGCUCUUCUGCUUAGAAUAUGAGGCGGACAGCGGAGACGUCACUUCAGUUAUCGUGUAUCAGGAUGAUGAUCCAGGAAGGGUGAGCGAGGAGGUGUCAGCACACACGCCUCUGGAGCCACCCAUGCGAGAGGCCCUCAAGUUGCGCAUCCAGGAGGAGAUUGCAAAGCGCCAGAACCGACACUGACCAGACUGGAG